UAUUGUUUAAUUUUUUCAGGUGUCUCUACAAUUACCUACUUUACUGGUGGACACAUAGCAUAUUGUCAUUUUGCCACAUUCGGAUUAUUUCUGUCCAUUAUAACAGCUCUUAUUUUUGGAAGUUAUCAUGUGUGGCGCAUUUGUAUGACAGAUAGUACACGUAAAAGUAGUCGACAUUCUGUACGACAACGAUCAGGUGAAACGAUCAUUAUGACGACUACGCGAUCAUCACCAACGGAGGAUGAAAUACCUUCUGGAUACUGGAUUCCAGCUGCAUUCACUUCAGGCUUUUUUGUUCUUUAUUCAUUGAUAUUUACCAUAGUUUACAUAGACGGUGCGUGGACAUCUUGCCGUCAAUAUCGGAAUGAAUUAAUCAAGUAUAUGCAUGCUACAGGAAAUUUAGUCGCUGCUGUACAAGGUCGAAUCAGUUGUAGUGCUGUUUUUGAUUUUAUGGACUUUUUAUUUUCCGAUGUUAGCUUCGAUAGACGAAGAAUCGAUCGUAUUGAUACAUCGUGGUGUUUGAAUUUAGGAAUUCUAUCAUCUAUUGGAACAUUUAUUCUAUGGUGUUCCGUUUUUUUCAUAAACAUAGUGCAAGCACGAAGUACAAAUAGGUUAAGAGAAUAAUUAUACUAUAUAUCAUUUUUAUUCGCUAAAAUGAAACUUUAAUUUGAAAUAAAUUGAACAAGAUUUUUCGUUUUUACUACAUUUCA